AUAACUGUUAACCACGAUGUCAAACGUUCUACGGCUUACUUAUUCCGUAGAAAAUGAAAAAGCUGAAACUGACACCAAGUCCUUUGCACUAAUCUUACAAAAAGCAUAUGAGCAGUAUCGAAAAUUGUGGAAUAAAUAUCUGGAUUUAGUUAAGAAAUGCGAAGUUGAUAGUUCUGUACAUAAUGAAAUUCAAGAAACGUGGAAGGAAAAAAAUGUUUUCAAACCUAUAAACCCGUUUGCUGAGGAUAAUGAAUUUUUAAAUAAUUCCGCAGAUCAAGAAAAUCAAUUAUCCAUAAAUAAAGAAAUCGAAGAUAGAAAAGAAAGUCAAAGCUUUAUCGAUAACAUCUCAGAAUCUUCCUUAUUUGACUUGAUGAUGGAUGUCAAUGAUACUAUUUGUCAAUUUCAACCUAAAAUAACGAAUGCCAUUUUACCUGAAAGCCCAAUAUUUAUGCGAAAGGAUGAAAGAUCUAAUAAUUUAGAAAAUGAAAUUUCUAAGAAUAGUAAUGAUAAAAGUAUUUUAGAUAAAAUGGAGACUAGUAAUAAAUCAGAUUGUAACAAUCAAAAUACUAGUAAAAAUACCUUUUGUAUUGCGACACCUGAAGAAAAUUUAGAUGAUACAUCGCUUGAUAAUCUUUCGCCUUUCAUCAUUCAGAGCACACCUGUAAUUAAUAAUAAAGUUAAUAAGAAGAACAAAAAAAAAUUAUUUGAGAAAGCUCGUCAACCACAAUCGAAUGAUAAUGAAGUUAGUCCUAAAAAAAAGCAAACUAAGAAGAGUAAAAUACCAUUACAAGCGUUAGACAAUAUUGCUAAUCCAUUGAGUACUUAUUUAAUUCAUAGUAAUGGUGAUCAAAUAAAUAAUAAGAUUGGCAAUAACAAAUCUAAACUUUAUAAAUCUUGUUCAACACCAAAUAAAAAUUUAAAACAAUCGAAACUUUCAUUUUAUAAUACUAAACAGAAUGUUAAUAAUGCUACUGUACCGUUUAUUAAUGAAAACAUACCAGUAACAAGAUUUAAAAAAUCUUUAUAUAAUCAUGAACCUUCCUUAGAAGAUACCAUAAAAGAAAAUCAAACUACGAUGGAUGAAAAAAUUAAUGGUAUAUGUUUGGACGAUGCUAAUGAUCAAAAUGAGACAAUAUUUGAGGAUGUAAUAGCAAAUAGCCCGGAUUACCAAAAAGUACAAUUACAAAAUAAGAAUCAAUUGAAGCUCAAACGAAAAUCUAAAAUGACUAAUACAAUAACAGCCUCUGCUUCGUCCACUAAUAAUUCUAAGCAAAUGCAAAAUAAUGUAUGCCCAACCAAAAAACGAAAUAUUGCUAUUAAUGAUAAUAGCAUUUUAUCUCCUGAAAUGGUUAACGAUAAUGCAAAGAAAAAAUGUCUGAUAUUUUCCAAAGAUAUUGAAUCGGAAAAAAAACUUGUAGAUAAGAAUAAUUCUGAGAGAAUUGCAUGUAUAAAACAGAAGGAAUCUAAUGAAUUAAAUGAAUUUCAGUGUAGACUUGAAAAUGAAACAUAUUUUGAAGAAAAAACUCCCGAAAAAAAGACUACGCAUGUAAAUAAAGUGAUAAAUAAAAAUUCACUUAGACUUGGAAAUACUGGAAUAAAUUCUGUUAAAUGUAACAAUAAGAGUAAAUCAGCUAACAAAGAUAUCGAAAUGAAAAAUAAAAAAUGGAGUUGUUCGGAAUGUGAAGAGUAUUAUAAAAGUGAAGCAGGUAUUACCGAUACGCAAAUACAAAGGCGGAAAAAUCAAUGUUCGCGUCACAAAAAUGUAUAUUAUGCCAGAAAUGCAACGCCACCAGGUAAAAAUAUAAUCUAUAUGAAUAUUUUCAAUCUUUACAAAUAUACUGAUGUAAAAUGCAUCAAAAUAUUAUUACGUAUUAAGUAUUAUUUUUACAGGUUUUUGGGAUCCUUUCUUGCCUGAAACUGCCUCAGAUAGUAUUUAUCAAAAAUAAUUAAAAGAAUUUAAAAAUUAAAUAAUAUAUACAUAAAUUUUGUAGAUAGAGUUAAUAUAUGAAGAUGCUAUUAUUACAUAAAUAUUUAUUAGAAAUUGUAAAUAAGUUAUGUGGUUUUUUUCAAAUAUUUAUUUGUUCUUUUGAAUAAAAUACAGUUAUAUUGGAAUAUUAUCUUCGUGUCUGUAUUUCGAGCCAAAAAUUUGAUCGCAUAAAAAUGAAGUGCAUAAAGCACAAUCAAAAAAGAGAGCAUUUUAUUUGUGUGUGUACUUAAUUAUUUGAAAAUGUUUUCUCCCUUUUAUAUAGAAUGUAUUAUAUUU